AUGGAGCUGAGGCUGAGGCUGCUGCUGCUGCUGCUUGCGCUCAUCUGUCUGCAUGCUCCCCGUUGGGCUUCGGCUCAGCAGCCUGAGGAGGCGACCGUUAUAGUUAAAGGCUCCAGUAGGAUUGCUGCCACGGAUGACAACUACGUCUGUGCUACAAUUGAUUGGUGGCCUCCGGAGAAGUGCAACUACAAUCAGUGUCCAUGGGGCCAGGCGUCAAUUCUUAAUCUGGAUUUGGAUCACCCAUUUCUUUCUGAAGCCAUUCAAGCAUUUGACCAUUUGAGGAUUAGGCUGGGAGGCUCCUUGCAAGACCGAGUUGUUUAUGAUGUGGGAACAGAAAGUCCAUGCUCCCCAUUCACAAAUGUAUCCAAUGGCUUGUUUGGUUUCUCAGUUGGUUGCCUCGGUAUGGAUAGGUGGGACAAACUGAAUGAUCUAUUUCAGAGAACAGGAGCAAUUGUCACAUUUGGUGUGAAUGCACUCUAUGGGAGGUAUAAUGUCCGGCGUUCCAUCUGGGCAGGCAAAUGGAACUCCACAAAUGCAUAUGAUUUUAUAAAAUACACAAUCUCAAAGGGAUACCCAGUUAGCUCUUGGGAAUUUGGCAAUGAGCUGAGUGGGCAUGGAAUCGGAGCGAAAGUUGAUGCUAAACUUUACGGAAAGGAUGUAAUUGAAUUUAAAUCCAUCCUUCGGCAAUUGUAUAAGGCACCACUGUCCCAGCCACUCCUGUUAGCCCCGGGAGGGUUCUUUGAUCAACAGUGGUAUUCUCAGCUACUUGAGACUUCAGGUCAUGGUGUUGUUAAUGCCCUAUCUCACCAUGUAUACAAUCUUGGUGGAGGGAAUGAUGUUCAUCUUAUAAGGAAGAUCUUAGACCCAAAGUACUUAGAUCGUGCUGAAGAUACUUACAGAGACAUGCAACUUACCAUCCAAAGGCAUGGAACAUGGGCUUCUGCUUGGGUCAGUGAAAGUGGCGGUGUAUUCAACAAUGGUGGUCUACUGGUGUCAAAUACAUUCAUCAACAGCAUCUGGUAUCUAGAUCAGCUUGGGAUGGCAUCUCAGUACAACACAAAAGUGUUCUGCAGGCAGACUCUCAUCGGUGGCAACUAUGGACUGCUUGACACAGAAACUUUUCUGCCAAAUCCUGAUUACUACAGUGCUCUACUAUGGCAUCGGCUUAUGGGCAAUGGAGUUCUUUCAGUUGAUAUCAAUGCACCACGUCAAAUACGUGCUUAUGCUCAUUGUAGGAAACAACAGCAAGGCAUCACGCUUCUGUUGAUCAACCUAAGCAAUACUACUGGAUACAACGUCACUCUCCUGAAUGACAUCAACGUCAGCCUCGGUAAAAGACCUGACUUUGAGAAGCGCAGUUCUUUCACACACAGGCUCAAGAAAGCAGUCUCAUGGCUGGCAAGGAAACCACCAAGCAACACCAAGAGGAGGGAGGAGUACCAUCUGACCGCCAAGGACGGUGAUCUCCAGAGCAAGACGAUGCUGCUCAACGGGGUCCCGUUAGAACUUGGAGAUGCUGGCAGCAUUCCAGCUAUGGAUCCGGUGCUCGUUGCCGUUGAUUCGCCGGUACACCUAGCACCAACAUCCAUCGCCUUCGUAGUUCUACCCAAGUUUGAGGCCAAGGCUUGUUCUUGA